CCCCCGAACACAAAGCGAGGGAGCAGUGGGACACGGCCACACGCGUCCAGCUUCCGCCAGCCUCCCACAGCUCCUCUCCGUCUCCUCCGGUUCCUCCUCCCCUCCUCCCUCUACACUUCUCUCUCCCUCUCUCGCCACAGUCCCCGCCAGAUUUGUUGCCUCACCUCCACCUGUAUCUGUAUGCCGCCAACGCCCCCAUGGCGUCAACCGCACCACGGCCGCCCCGCCGAGCCGCGACCUUGACACUCCUCCUGCCCUUCCUCCUCCUCUCCUCCUCCCCGUCCCUCUCCGCUGCCGAGCCGCCGCCGUCGAGCCCCGCCCCGCUCCACGCGCCGCCGCGGCGGGUCGCGUCCGACUCCGACAGCGCCCCCCCGCCGCCGCACCACCCGCACCACCACCACCACUACCACCACCGCCCGCCCCCGCCCCCUCCGCACUGGCGGCGGCUCAACUUCGGCGAGAGGCUCGGGAUCGCCUUCGCCGGCGUCGCCGUGGCAAUGCAGGUCGUCCUCGGCGCGUUCCUGGCGCUGCGCGCCUGGCAGCUGCGGCGGCUCGACAGGGCUGAGGUGUCCUCCUCCACGCCCCUCACCUGACCUGGCCGCCUGCUCUGCUCCUUGCUCGUCCCGUCAGAUCCAAGCCCUGAAGUACUUGACUGUAAAAACGUGUGCCAACUUGAAUGAGCAGCUGUCCACUGAAGAGCAAGAUGUGGAUGUGGAAUGUUCUUCUUGGUAUCUUUGUCCUACUAGUUUAGAUACCUCAGCUUUUGUUUGUAGACGCGGGUUUGAUGCAUUCAGUCUAAAUAAGUUUCUGCGUUGAAA